AGCCAAGCUCUGAACCUGUGCGCGUCGACAAUUGAGUUCAGCGGGUCUACGGAGCAGGCUGAGGGCGAAAGAUUGUUACUAUUAGCAACACAUAGGCGUCAAGCGUGUCUACAUGAGGUGCAGCGACUGCAGGUGGAGGGCGCAGGCGAGGCGGCCACUGCCGGGAUGGCCUCGCUGCACAUUCACGGCCUCAAUGUACCUUUGCGAAGAGACUAUAUACGGCAACUUAACGCAGACGGCGCGGUGGGCCACCACGCCGUAUGCCUGGUGAAGUGCCGCGACCGCGUGCUAGCCACCAGCAUGCAGCAGUCGCAGCCCUCAACAGCGCAGCUGCACUUCCCCGACGAGAUCCGCAUGGACGGGCUCACCAGCGACUUCAAGGUGACUGUCGAAGUAUACCUAUUACAAGCGUCUAAGGAAGUGCUGCCACAUGACGUCAAAUACCACAUAUUUAAUAAAAAGUCAAACUCAAAAUUGUUAACGCCGAAGUCGAAAGUGUCGGAGUUAAAAACGCCGCGUGUACAGUCGCCAGCUGGUCCUCUCUCGGUACGCAGUCCGCAAUUCCAACUGCACGGAUACUGCAUCUUCGCACUCUCGCAGGCUAACAGAAAGACAUUCACGCUGAGCAAGGUGCCAUGCGGCAGUCCCUUAGAGGGGUCCGUGACAAUGGACAUUGCGGCGCGCGUGCGCGUGCCCGCGCCGGCGCCGCACGCCGCCUUCCUCACGGCCUUCGACGACGUGUCGGGCCUGGGCGCUUGGCACCGCCGCUGGUUCCGGCUGCAGGCGCCCCGCCUGGCCUACUGGAAGUACCCCGACGACGUGCACAAGAAG